AUGUUUGAACCACGCAUGUACGGGGAACAGGAUGACUACAGAAGAGAUUACCCGAAGUCAAACCGAGCUGGCCCCAUGGACUAUUUACAUCACAGCAACAGUCAGUAUGAGGAUAUAUCGGAUCAGGAAAACGAGGAUAGUGAGAGCAGAGGAAACAAAUCCAAAGAUGAUCGUGAUGACAAGGUGGACAGCAAGCCCAGAGACCAUGAACCUCCCACACGUGAUGAUAAACCUCGCGAUAAACACCCUGACAGGCAGACUUCUCAUGACUCGAGAGAUGGGCACAUCGAAAGACGCGAUAGUCGCCAGGAGAAGUCCGACCGUUCCUACGACACAAGGGACUCUAGGAACAAGGCUGACUCUAAACAAAAGGAGAAUCAUUGGGACCGCCCUGACAAGUCCCGCGAGAAGUCUGAUAGAGGUGAAAGAAAGGAUGGGAGGCAGGAUCGUAAAAAGAGGGAUCCAGACAAUGUGUGGAACAUGUCACCAAUGAAGCAGGAGGACAAUCGACAUAAGCGAGACUUCCACAAUGCCCCUCCCCCAAUCACCCUGCGUGAAUCUCAGCAGAAUACUCCAGCCCAGAGCAACUUUGUCUCCCUGAAGAGGCCUGCAUCCACGCUCUCAAAGGCAGAUUCCCACGAAUCGCCUGCCAGCGACAAAAAUGAGGACCACUCAGCUGCCAAAGAUUCUACAAAGGAAACGUUCUCAUCCCCAAACAAGGCGAAGGACCUGAAAGAUUUGGCUGAGGAUGUGAAGAAGACAGAGAGCCCAGAUGCUAUAAAACCGGACAGGGAUACCAAAUCAGAUACACUGGAGAAGACACCCAAAAACGAACAAAGGGACCGAAAUAAGGAGAACAAACAGGACAGAGAACAUGGUGACAGGUCCCAUCCUCCUGCCAAGAGAAUGAGAGACGAACCACCUCGAGACAAGUAUGAUAACCGCAGUGACAGAUACGACAGUAGGCAGAGGAACGCACCGCGAGGCAGCCGCGAGUUUGUUCGGGGGACAUCAAGAAGCCGCGGGCGAGGAAGGGGUGGCAGGGGCUCCAGUAUGGGAGAAAGGGGCUUCGGGCGACCAGAGAGAGGGGACCGUAGGGGUGGGGCUGUCCCUGGCAGGGGCCGGUCUAACGAGUUCAGGUAUGAUAAUGAUACGGACAGGGACAGCAGGCGAGAUGACAUGGGGCAUAGAAGAGGGGCUGCGACAUAUGCAGACCAGGUAAAGCCCUUCUCUAUGGGAAACUGGGGAGACACAGAGGAAGUUGAGGAAGUUCCAAACAGGCGUAGGGACAAGGAUGACGAGAGUGAUCUGUCUACGGAGGAAGUUAGCUCUGUCAGUGGCGAUUCCACGGCUGGCAGGGCAGAGGUGUCAGUUGGUCAUGGGAAAGAUUCCAUUCAACGGGACUCUGCAAAGCCCCACGAUGGUAGACGUGAAUCUCAGCCUAGGGAUAAGGGCGGUAGGCGUAGUGUGGAUGAGGGGAAUGAUGAGCGCUACCCAAAGGAUCCAAGGUCACCACGUGGCGAUGAGCAGUUCAUACCUAAGGGUGAACCCUCUAGAAGGGGCAGAGGUGGCUCUGCCAUGAGGGGUGGUCGAGGCAGUGGCAGAGGUGCAAGGGAUGAUCGCAGGUACAACUCAGCCCCACCCACUCGUGGAGGCGGGUUUGGGCGACCCCCAAACAAGGAAUUCCGUGGACCCCCCGAGGAUCAGCAAUACCGCAGUGAUAAUAGGCGUGACAGACGAGGAGACAGAGCGUCCCCACCUCCCAGAUUUGCCCGCGGGCGGGGAGAGAGGGGUGGUGGGUUUGAGAGAGGGAGGGGCAGAGGCAGGGGUCGUGGUGGUCCCAUAGUGCCCAACAGCAAUGGUAGAAACCAGCCACUUGCCAAGCAAAACUCGUCUGAGGCGGGAGUUGAUGAUUGGGAGACAGCGUCAGAGAGCAGUGAUGUGAACGAGCGACGCGAUUCAAAGAACGAUUUAAAGGACGGCCGUGAUAAGCAGCGCGAUCAGAAGAAGAGCUUCUCUAGUCAGCGGCCGCCACAGGGUGAUCGUGGGGGUCAAAAUCGCCGCAUGAAUGCCAGUGAUCAGAACAGCUUUGUGGGUGGUGGUGGUGGUGGAAAUGUUAGUGGUAAUAAUAGUAACAAAAAUUAUGAAAAUCCAAAAAACUUUCAUAAAGAGAGGAUGCCCAACUCCUCGCUGACAAAAAAUGGGUACGCUACCCCUCCAAAAAACGGGCGGGGUGGGGGCAAACGACCCCCACAUUCCCAGACCAAACGAGAUAGCAUGAGUGGUAGCCAGGUGUUCCGAGUGGAUGGCAUUGUCCCGAACGACCAGGCAGCCAUUGACAGCGCCCUUUCCUCUGGUAUAAGUGAGAAAGGAAAGUUCUCCAAAAAAGGUGAUUUAACUGACGUUUCAAAGCCAUUGAAGUCUGAGAAGAAAAGGGAAGAUGCCCUGGCCAACAUUGACCUCACAAAUAUAGCAGGAGUAGUAGUCAUCGACAACGUGCCAGAUGUUACCAUUGACGACCCAGCGUUCCUGUACGAAAGCAAUGAAGGUUUCCAGGAGGUGCAGAGCCGAAAGACCAUCAAGAACAAACAGAAGGCCCAGGAGGCCGAGAUACGAAAACUGGCCAUCGAGAGUCAGGAACAGGCACCUGUCAGCAGGAAGUCCAAGGACGUAGUGUCAAAGGUUGUGGCUAAACCCAAAGGCGUUCACACGGCAGCUGACAAGACACGCAACUUCAAGCACACCAAAUUGCCCCCAAGGUUUGCCAAGCAGAGGGAACAGUUGAGAGGCGACAAGGGAGGUAAGCCUCGCGGGCAGGACCAGCUGGAAGAGGAUGGACAGAGUUCUGGCCCCUUCAUGUCGAUUGGCAACUGGGACAACACGAUGUCCAAUAACAUCCCGACUGUUGUUAGUGGUGAUGGGAAACAGGGCCAUGAUAUGGAGAUGGGAAAAGGACAGCAUCACCAUUGAUAUUGAGUUGGCCCAGCAACAGCACCAGUCCGGCCUGCAGAAGCCCCAGUCCAGGAUGACUCAUCCACUCCCCUGACCCAUAGCUCAUCAUACUUGAUAUCCGGAAAAUGGGGCCUAAUGCAUGUGCUUAAAUCACAGAUUAGCCUGUGCAGUUUGCACAGGCUUAUAAUGGACAACACUUUCCUCAUAAAGCAGAGCACCAGCAUUGAUAUCGAGUUGGCCCAGCAACCGCACCAGUCCGGCCUGCAGGGCCCCAUUCCAGAACGACCCUUUCCCCUCCCUUGACUUCUAACUCCUUCCCCUUGACCGCCUGCCUCAAAAAGUCAGCAUCGUUGAACAACUCCGUUCUGCAGGAAAUUCUGAGCAUGAUUCUGUUCUGAACAAACGCAAUGCCCACAUCACGUUUUCCAAACAUAAGCCUGGGUAGUUUUGUUAAGCUAGAGUUCCGCAUGGGCCUGAAAGGGACAAGUGUUACAGACACAAACAGUUAUAGCAGUAGUUAUGGUAACGCUAACAGUCAGUUGUUGCUGUUGGACAUCACAACAAAUAUCAUGAAGAAUAAAAAUUUCAAUAAGUUGUUCCAAUCUUUAUGGGACAAACAGAAAUUGAACGGAAGAAAAUCAAGGAACAAUAAAAGUGUAAGCUUUCCUAGUGGGAUGCAUCUGCUGUUGAUAGUUUGAACAACAGUAGGGUUACGGACUGCCCCAGAUUGUCCUCUCAGCGGCCUGAAUAUCAUAAUAGAACGGACUUUUGGCAAUAUUUCUGACAAAGAAAGGCAAUAAUGACUUGGUUGUGAAUACCCAAAGCACGAUACAUCCAUGCUGACAAAGCAAGGUGGUAAUGACUUGGUUGUGAACACCCAGAGCACAAUACAUCCGUGCUGACACAGAAAGGCAGUUAUGACUUUGCUGUGAACUCAGAGUACGAUACAUCCAUGCUGACACAGAAAGGCAGUCAUGACUUGGAUGUAAACACCCAGAGCACAAUACAUCCAUGCUGACACAGAAAGGCAGUAAUGACUAUGCUGUGAACACCCAGAGCACAAUACAUUCAUUCUGAAACAGAAAGGCAGUCAUGACUAUGCAGUGAACACCCAGAGCAAGAUAUAUCAAUGCUGACACAGAAAGGCAGUAAUUACUAUGCUGUGAACACCCAGAGCAAGAUAUAUCCAUGCUUACACAGAAAGGCAGUAAUGACUAUGCUGUGAACACCCAGAGCACAAUACAUCCAUGCUGAAACAGAAAGGCAGUAAUGACUUGGUUGUGAACACAGAGCACAAUACAUCCUUGUUGACACAGAAAGGCAGUAAUGACUUUGCUGUGAACUCAGAGCACGAUACAUCCAUGCUGACACAGAAAGGUAGUAAUGACUUGGAUGUAAACACCCAGAGCACAAUACAUCCAUGAUUACACAGAAAGGCAGUAAAGACUUGGUUGUAAACAACCAGAGCACAAUACAUCCAUGCUGACACAGAAAGGCAGUAAAGAUUUUGUUGUAAACACUAAGAUAUCCAUACAUCCAUGGGUUGUGCCACAGACGCAAAUUACGCCCACCAUUUUGAACAAGGUGCUUAAAGUGAACACGUCUGGUUUUGUUAUGAGCACUUAGCACUCCGAGUCCAAAAGGCCUCACAUUGAAUUGAUGCAAGAGAAGGCUAUGAAAAAUAACAGCAGUUUUGUUGUGUGGUCCAGUACGCCCUUCGACUCGCAACCUGAAGAAAGCAGAACUCAAACUCGUCUCUUAGCAAUAUCAGCAAGGCCAGCAUGUCAUCUCAGCUUCUAGAGCUUCAAUGAACUUAACUCGCAAACAUGACAACGUCAUUGAAGUGAAAGUCAAUGACAACCCCCUUCUUGCACAAAUACUACAACUCGCUUAAGAAAUUCAGCAUGAAGACGUCUUGCGUCAGACUACCAAGCCUCCUAUCAAUAUCUCCUCCCAUGUUGGCUACAUCAACACUUCCAACAGCAGAGCCUUGGUGAGUUUGACUUCCGUCUUAGCAUCGAUGUCGCUUAGCAACAAUUGGAUGAUGGGCGUCGACAAAUUAUGCGGGACAAGUCGCUCGAACUGAAACGAUCUGAUCCAACAGGUAGAGCAGGCGUUGCGUGACACAUCAAUUAAUAUGACUACUCGAUAUGUUGUUCUCGAAUAAUGUGAACCUUAGGCCUGGAGAGCAGUAUGCGAUUGACGCCAUUCAACAACAGUUGUCGGCAAUUCUCGGGUUUGGGGUGGCGACUUCGGCGUCGGGACUCGCUCCAUCUCUGUCUAAGGCCCAGUCGCAGCAGCAACAAGAAAAAAUAAGUAGUAUCUUAGUGGUGUUCUGGGAUAUGGGGCUUCAUGUAUGUGCUUAAAUUGUCAUCCAAGAUUAGCCUGUGCAGACUGCACCUACAUUAAGUCCUAUUAAAGUGUCAUCCCAGAUUAGCCUGUGCAGACUGCACAUACAUUAAGCCCUUUAAAAGUGUCAUCCCAGAUUAGCCUGUGCAGACUGCACAUGCAUACUGUCCUAUUAAAGUGUCAUCCCAGAUUAGCCUGUGCAGAUUGCACAUACAUUUAGUCCUAUUCAAGUGUCAUCCCAGAUUAGCCUGUGCAGACUGCACAUACAUUAAGUCCUAUUCAAGUGUCAUCCCAGAUUAGCCUGUGCAGACUGCACAUACAUUAAGCCCUUUAAAAGUGUCAUCCCAGUUUAGCCUGUGCAGACUGCACAUGCAUACUGUCCUAUUAAAGUGUCAUCUCAGAUUAGCCUGUGCAGACUGCACAUACAUUAAGUCCUAUUUAAGUGUCAUCCCAUAUUAGCCUGUGCAGACUGCACAUACAUUAAGUCCUAUUCAAGUGUCAUCCCAGAUUAGCCUGUGCAGACUGCACAUACAUUAAGUCCUAUUCAAGUGUCAUCCCAGAUUAGCCUGUGCAGACUGCACAUACAUUAAGUCCUAUUAAAGUGUCAUCCCAGAUUAGCCUGUGCAGACUGCACAUACAUUAAGUCCUAUUCAAGUGUCAUCCCACAUAAGCCUGUGCAGACUGCACAUACAUUAAGUCCUAUUAAAGUGUCAUCCAAGAUUAGCCUGUGCAGACUGCACAUACAUUAAGUCCUAUUAAAGUGUCAUCCCACAUAAGCCUGUGCAGACUGCACAUACAUUAAGUCCUAUUAAAGUUUCAUCCCAUAUUAGCCUGUGCAGACUGCACAUACAUUAAGUCCUAUUAAAGUGUCAUCCCAGAUUAGCCUGUGCAGACUGCACAUGCAUUAAGUCCUAUUUUUCCAGAAUGAGGCUUAUAUACUACACUUAACAUCAGUAUUUUAUGUGCCUGAAAAGUUCCUAGCAUCAAAUGGGAAUUAUGUGCUUUUAAAUUGAUCACACAUAGUAAAUAAAAUGUAAAUAGCACUUGAUCUGAUACCAAUUUUAAUCAUAGAAGGUCAGGGCAUUAAGUUUUGUAUAUUUUCAACCGAAAUUCAGCCCCUGAACCAAAAGUUUAUCCUUGCAGAAAAAUCUGCUUUAAUAGAAUUGUUAAAUUAUAUUUAAUUUCAGUAAAAUAAUUAUGUAAAAGCCUUCAGCUCAUUUCAAAAUUAAUUUCUUCAUUUAUUUUCAAUAUUUAUUUAAAUUACUGGAUUUUGUUUUAAGAGCCUGUUCCUACAGGAAUCCAUGCAAUCAUAGAUCGGUUCCUAGCUGAACACCAGGCUGUCUGGUCAGCUGGGCCCAGACGCCCAGUGACACUUCCUGGCCCAGGACCUUGGGGAAAAUGCUCAACUAGUCCUACCCGCAGAAUGGAGCCACACUGAACCUGGGGCUCCAUACUUUUUUGGCCAGGGGUCAAGAUAACCUCGUCAAUAAGGGACACAUUCCUGGGAUGCCCUUAGGUCUUUCUAUCUGUUCACAGAGGUCUUUUACUCACAAGUUCAAGCUUAGUGAGCGAUGUUCACAUUAUCAAACUCUGCAUCUCAAUAGAAACCCGGAUAGAAAAGCGUUGGUUUGUUUUUGAAGCAUUUGAACCAGCAACAGUCAUCAUUCGAGUUUCUGGCAUGUCUAUGGUGUGGAACCCUCAGUCUAUGAACAUCAUAACAGCACAUGAACCAGUCAUCAUCUCAAGAUUCUGGUAUAUCCAAGGUACAGGACCCUUAGUCUGUACAGAUCUUGCAGAACAAACUUCAGAUGCAAUUUGAGGAAAUCAAACCAUCCGAUCAGAAACACAGCCUGUUGCAGCAAUUGUUACCAUAUUGACCCCAGUCAAACCUAAGAAGCUCAGAGUUUCAUACUGUUUUAGAUGUGCUAGUCUUCACAUACCUCCUGGUUUGGUCAGCACUUACUCUGAAUCUUUGAAUGUUAUGACGGGUGAAAAUGCAUGACCUUGUUCAGAUCGAAAUGGCAGAAUGACACAUCACAACAAUUCAAGUGGAAAGCCACAAAGUCAUGUCAACAGCCACAUGUUGUAUGUUGCCGGCCAAGUUGUAUUAAAAAACACAAUAGCUUACGUUUUAUGUUAUAUGUGACCAACCAUGUUAUAUUCAUACAAAAACAAUAGUUUAUGUUUUAUGGGAAUUGUUAUGCUCUCAGUCUUUAUGUUGAAAUAUUGUGUUCAAUAUAGCAUUUUAAGUAUUUUAAAAGCACGCAUAUUGCACAUAUAUGCAAUCUCUUUGUCUAUAUUAUGAUAUCACUACAUACAUGUAUUGUGAUCCUGAUAAUGGCAAACUAAUGGGAAAUACACUUUUAGCAAAGACUUUCAAAGUGUGACAAAGCUGUUUUAAUGAGGUUAGUAACUUGGACAACAUUUAAAAAAUAUUGGAGUAUUUUUAUGUUAUAAACAUGUUUCAGUUUUCCGUUUUUUACCCGUAUUAUAGAUAAGCUAGAUAAAAGUAGUGUAAAGAAAGGUUUAGAAGUUUUACGUUUCUGCUUUUUCUGUUUAGAAUUUAGUAAAUUUGCUCAUUCGGGUCGGUAUUCAAACAAGAAUCUUGUUUAAUAGCAUUCGUGGAAAUCUAAAUAAAUUAUGUGCACACUUAUGUAAUGUACCUAAAAGUAUCGAUUCUGUAUUUACUACCAGUACUUUGUUGAUUUCAAUGGAUAUUGUUUGUAAAAUAGGCGAUAAUGGCUCUUGCAUUUUUGGGAAAACUUUAAGGAAAACUGAAAAUUAAAAAAAAAAAUUUUUUACAGUUUUAUGAAAAAUGGCAAAAGUUAUAAAUGUUAAUUUGUGUUGUUAGAUCAUAGACUUAAAUGCUCAUAAGUGUUUAAAUUUAUUUUCGGACAUAAUAGUUUAUAAUUCUUUAUAUUUGUUUAUGCAUAUGAAGACGACCAAAAUUUAUCCUCUUUAAUCACAGAGUAUCUUAAUCAAUAUCUCUUGAUCACUGCAUAGAUUGUAGAGGUAUAUUUUCACAUUUAUACACAGAGCAACUGUGAAACAAUAGUAUUUUAAAUGUACAUUAUUUAUUUUUUGUUGCAAUUUUUGUAAGAUAAACUCACUGUUUACAUUAAUUUGUACAAACCAUAGUCAUAAAAAUAUUGAUUGUGUGAAUCCUCAUAUAUGUUUUAAACUGUUAAAAUAAUGCACAGUAACAGAUUCUGAAGAGAAAACUGUAAUCAAUGAAAUAUAAACACCUUGUUAUAUCAACUGCUUUUAAUUAAGAACAACUACUUAAAAUAAGUUUAAUUUUGUUUUACAUUAUCUAAAGAAAAUUUAGUACCUUGUUAUUUAAAAUCAGUCAUUCACAAAUUAAGGAAGAGUGUAGUCAUAUGCUACAAUUGUCAAAAAAUGCAAUUGUCUAUAUUGGUAAAGUAGAAAGCAAUAGUAUUUGCUUAAACAAAUAAAAACAAAGAUGUCUGCUUUGUAAGUGUAUGUGGAAUAAACACUUAUGUUUGUGCUAAUAUUAAACGUGAACGUAUUGAUGUAUUGCUGAUAAUAAAGUUUGACAUUUUAUUAGUUUUGUAACAACGUGUUUGACCUUUUACUUUAACAUUCCCACAAUUGAUGUCAGUGCAAUGCCUUCAAUGGAGCCAUUUUCUGUAAAUCUCCCACUGUUAAAGUUCAGCAAAUGUUUUAAGACCAGAUUUCCGUAAACUUGGGGUUGUUUAUAUUUAGCAUUUAUUGAAUGCAUGAAACAUGUUUGUUCUGUUGUUGAAUAGCUCAACAUUGAUGUUUGUGAAUUGUGUGACAUGUUGAUCAAAUUGAUACAUAGAAACAAACACUCAUUAUGCGUUAAUUUGUAUGUUAAGCUUAACAAAAAAUGUUACCAAACACAAAUAUAAGUAUUUGGUAACAAUAUACAAAAUUGUGCUAUAUACAUAAAACCGUAUCAAAUGCAAUUUGAAAUAUAAUGUUCAAAUAUGUUCGUCGACUCCAAAUAAGCAUUUUGAAUAAGCAAAUUAAUACAUUAAUAAUCUCUAUGAAAAGUACCCGUAGGCACUUUUCAAUCGUUUGUGUACUUCAUAUUGAUCAGGGUCUUUCUAAAUUCAUGCAUGAUUUUGUAUGCGUAUGUCUGAAUUGUGUAAAUAUCUGUUAAAUAACUGUUAAAAAGGAUUUUAAUAUUAUAAGUUAAAAUAGUGUCUAAACUGUAACCGGUCAUUUGUUGCAUUUAUUUUUACGUGUUUAUAUUUUCUGGCUUACUGUGCUUAAUUCUGUCUGUAAUCGUGCGUACUUUUAUUGUGGUUUUCGUAUUAAGACAAAGCGCACUACACUUAUGCUGUUGUUUUUGUCCACCAUUUCUAUAUAAAAUGUUGUAUGUAAAUAAUUAAAGAUGUUGAUGUUGGUAAUAAUGUAUUUCAUGAUCUAAUAUUGAUCAUGCACUCAAUAAAAUACAUAACCAUUUUUGUGGACUAGUAUUGUUUAGUGAUACUUUGUUGUUAUUACUAAUAAAAUCGUCAAGGAUUG